AUGUCCGAAACCGCGCCGGCUCCGCAGGCGGCUCCCACGCCCCCUGAGAAAGCUCCCGCGGGCAAGAAGGCGACUAAGAAGUCCUCGAAGACUGCCGCUGCUGCCAAGAAGCCUGCGGGUCCCUCCGUGUCCGAGCUUCUCGUGCAGGCGGUUUCUUCCUCCAAGGAGCGCAGCGGCGUGUCCCUGGCCGCGCUGAAGAAGUCGCUGGCGGCAGCCGGCUACGACGUGGAGAAGAACAACAGCCGCAUCAAGCUGGGCCUCAAGAGCCUGGUCAACAAGGGCACCCUGGUGCAGACCAAGGGCACCGGCGCCUCCGGCUCCUUCAAGCUCAACAAGAAGGGUUCCUCCGCGGAAGCGAAGGCCAGCAGCACAAAGGUGGCGGCAAAGUCGAAGGCAGCAGGCGCCAAGAAGCCCAAGAAAGCAUCUGGUGCUGCUGCUAAGAAAAGCGUCAAGACUCCCAAGAAAGCCAAGAAGCCCGCGGUGGUGAGGAAGCCCGCUAAGAGCCCCAAGAAACCUAAAGUCACCAAGGCGAAGGUAUCCAAGAGCCCUGCUAAAGCCAAGGCGGUGAAGCCUAAAGCCGCGAAGGCAAAGGUGACCAAGCCAAAAGCUUCCAAGCCCAAAAAGGCCGCGCCUAAGAAAAAGUAG